AUGACAGUUAGUGUCCUGCUUUGCUCAAACUUCGAAAGUGCUGCGCAACAAGGAGUUCUCUAUGCGAUAGCCCAUGCUGGACAGUUCAUGCCCGAGAACCAGGCUUUCGUGUUCUACGAGGUUCCCGAAUACGUGGUGGUGAUCGAAGAAGAAGAUGAAAUCAUUCCCGUUGAAUUCGAGUCCUGCUAUGUGAUGAACGGUUCAUACUUUUUGUGCAUGGAAAGGGCUCACGGCGAGUGUGACAUCAACACGAUGGAUUCUUGUGAUAUCUUCGCCCUGUCCACGGCCACCAACUUCACCUUUAUUCGUACCUUCGGCGCUGGCAGGAUCGUAGCCACCAAUCAGCCCGAGGUGAACAUCACUGGUUCGAUAGUGAAGGCACCCUCUCCCAUAUUCACGCAUCACACAUCUUAUGAAAUGGAAGAAACCGAAGAUGAAGAGUCAAAGCUGGUCUCCUAUUCAAAAACAGUAUCAGUUGAAAAUGAGGUAUCGUUCCCAAGUAUGUCACAUGGCGCCAACGAUGCUGUCCAUGCCACUCAUCAUGCUAUUCGCUUAUAUCGCCUCACUCGUAAAGGAAUCCCUCUGCUCAGUAAUCAGCCUGGAAAAGCAUCUGUUUGGGACGACGUCAGGGACUUCUUCCUUCAUCUCAUUUGA